AUGGCACAACCAUGGAACGCUGAAUUAUUCGGUUGUCUGGAGGAUAUUCCAACAUGUUUACUUGGUUGGUGUUGUCCAUGUUAUUUAUUUGGUAGUAAUGCUGAACAAAUUGAUGGGUCAAAUAAAUUUGGCAUGUGUAUUGGAUACGCCUGCCUGUCCGGUUGUUAUCUCUGUUGUUUACUUCAUAAGCCACAACGAGAAAAACUUCGUGCAGACUAUAGUCUUGUUGAGAAGCCAAGCGAUUUUCUAGCUACAUGUUGCUGUAGUGGCUGUGCUAAUUGCCAAGAAGCAAGAGAAAUGCAAUUUCGAGCUGUGCAAUCGGGUAUGCCUAUUCCAGUAGAAUCUCAGCCAAAUUAA